UUUUCAGCGUUACACCAUGCAGCUCUAACGGGCACCACUGAGCUGCUGUCUCUACUACUGGAGGCUCAAGCCACUGUGGACAUCAAAGACACCAAUGGUGACAAGUUAUACGCCACUUAUUUUGGUAAACAAAACAAAAGCCAGUCCUGAAUUGCACAUUACAUUAUUAAUGCUUUCUCUCUCUCUCUAUCUCUCUAUAUAUCUAUCUAUCUAUCUAGGUAUGCGUCCGCUCCACUACGCAGCGUGGCAGGGUAAAGCUGACUCUGUGUUGCUGCUACUAAGAGCUGGAGCCUCAGUUAACACACCGUCACAGGACGGACAGAUACCUCUACACCUGUCUGCACAGUAUGGACACUACCAGGUGGUGAGUACACACACAUGAACACACAAACGCAGACAGACACAUGCACGCACACACACACAAAUGACCCUUAUCAACUCAGAGACAUGGUUCGAUAUUUGGCCGGAUUACACACUGGUCUAACUGUAAGUCGCUCUGGAUUAGAGCGUCUGCUAAAUGACUAAAAUGUAAAUGUAAAAUGUAAGAGGCCUCACCACACACACCUUCACUCAGUGUCAGUAAGUGUCUAUAUAGUGUUUCCAGGUGUGACAGCGUGACACAGAUUGUGUACGUUAGGGGUCAGGGUGAGUGAAAGGAGAGGGCAGCCAACCCUACAGAGCUCUAUAGGAACUACAUGACGUGAUCAGGUCAGCAGUGGGUUCCCUGGGUGACAUAUUGAGACUAAUGGGAGGAAGAAGGAAUAUGUGUAUUGGGUGUCUUUAACACCCAAGUAGGGAGUCUUCCUGAGAGGUGUGUUCACACACACCAACACACACACGCACCCACACACACAUCAAACAAACACACAUGCACAGCAUAACUGGUCAUGGAGACUACUGAGGUAUUGUAUUGUGUGUGGACAAAGCAGGAACAUUAACAAAGCCAGAGGUAUUUCUCUGUAAUGGAUAGGGUUGCAAAAUUACAGGAAUUUUCUAUAAAUUCCCUGGUUUUCCUGAAAUCCUGGUUGGAGGAUUCUGGAUUUCCUGCAUAUUCCCUUCUGAUUCUGGGAAUCCUCCAACCGGGAUAUCGGGAAAACCAGGGAAUAUACUGACCCUAGUAAUGGAAGCCCUGCUAGCACUACUGAUUUAGCCCUGAGCGAAGAUCCUGCUGCCUCUCUCUCUGCUUGCUGUGGUGAUGAAAUGUCAGAAUGUUAUGUCUCUCUCUCCCUCUCUCUCUCUCUCUCUCUCUCUCUCUCUCUCUCUCGCUCUCUCUGCUCUCUCUCUCUCUCGUCUCUCUCUCUUCUCUCUCUCUCUCUCUCUCUCUCUCUCUCUCUCUCUCUCUCUCUCUCUCUCUCUCUCUCUCUCUCUCUCUCUCUCUCUCUCUCUCUCUCUCUCUCUCUCUCUCUCUCUCUCUCUCUCUCUCUCUCUCUCUCUCUCUCUCUCUCUCUCUCUCUCUCUCUCUCUCUCUCUCUCUCUCUCUCUCUCUCUCUCUCUCUCUCUCUCUCUCUCUCUCUCCUUCCUCUUUAUCCUUCCCACUCUCUCUCCAUCAGUCUGAGAUGUUACUCCAGCACCAGUCUAAUCCCUGUCUGUUGAACAAGGCCAACAAGACCCCCCUGGACCUGGCCUGUGAGUUUGGCAGACUCAAGGUGAGUCAGUGUGUGUGUUUUAUGGUAAGCAUAUGUGUGUGUAGCAGAGGAGGCUGGUGGGUAGAGAUGUAGGAGAACAGUCUCAUUGCAAUGGAUGGAAUGGAUAGUAUGGAAAGGUAUCAAACACAUCUAACACAUGGUUUCCAUGUGUUUGAUACCGUUCAAUUAAUUUAAUUCCAGAUAUUACAAUGAGCCCAUUCAUGGCUUGGUUUUUGCUCUGACAUGCACUGUCAACUGUGGGACCUUAUAUAGACAAGUGUGUGCCUUUCCAAAUCAUGUCAAAUCAAUUGAAUUUACAACAGGUGGACUCCAAUCAAGUUGUAGAAACAUCUCAAGGGUGAUCAAUGGAAACAGGAUGCACCUGAGCUCAAUUUCGAGUAUCAUAGCAAAGGGUCUGAAUACUUAUGUAAAUAAUGUAUUUCUGUUUUUUUAUUUUUAAUACAUUUGCAAAAAUUUAUAAAAACCUGUUUUCGCUUUGUCAUUAUGGGGUAUUGUGUGUAGAUUGCUGAGGAUUCUUUUUUAUGUAAUCCAUUUUAGAAUAAGGCUGUAACAUAACAACAUUUGGAAAAAGUCAAGGGGUCUGAAUACUUUCUGAAGGCACUGUAUCUAUAGCAGAACAGCAAUGAUCAAAUGUUCAAAUACAUUUACAGAACUUUUCAUUUUCUUGCCCUUGUAUUAGACCAGCCUUUGCAAAACAUUAAAUACAGAUGUCACCAGUGAACUCAAAAUUCACUGUUAAGUGUUAUGUUCACAGAAUAUUAACACAUUAUUUUCAUCAGAAGAUAAAUGUGUGCAGUUGUAUUCACUAUUUCCGGCAAUCAGUAAAUACUACUGCACGAAAUUCUAAAUCACCCCAUCAGUCUCAUACCAUGUACAAUAUAUGGAAAGAUCUCUAGGCAAUGGGGACCGUCUAAUUGUUCAGAGUUUUUACAAUAGUCCGGACAUGCAGAGAUGCAGAGAAUAAAAUUGGGUUACUUCUAAGUAACUUUGGUUUACUCCUAAGUCAUCAUCUUCAACAUUCCAUUACAGAGCUUUGCUUUGGUGUGGAUUGAGGCCUAUAUUUUAAUAUCAGUUUUGUUCCUCCAUUGUAUUCACCUUUCCUUAUUUCUAUUGUGGAUAGUGUUUCUGUGCACCAAUGGAACGUCUACAAAACGAUGAGCAAACCAGCCUAUCUAUUGAAUACAUGGAAUUGGAUUGUGAUUAAUGAAUCCUGCAUGAACCCUGCACACAGUGUGCUUAUUUUUUAUUGGAAUGUUUAUCGGGAAUAAUAUUUGAUUUGAAGUGUGUGAAGUUUGUUUAGUGAAAUAUGCAAAAUAAUUAAGGUAAAUGCCAAGAGUGUGCAAAGAUGUCAUCAAGGCAAAGGGUGGCUAUUUGAAGAAUCUCAAAUAUAAAAUAUAUUUUGAUUUGUUUAACACUUUUUUGGUUACUACAUGAUUCCAUAUGUGUUAUUUCAUAGUUUAGAUGUCUUCACUAUUAUUCUACAAUGUAACAAAUAGUAAAAAAUUAAGAAAAACCCUUGAAUGAGUAGGAGUGUCCAAAUUUUGACUGGUAGUGGACAUGCCACAAUACCUCCCUGUUUAACCCACACUUAACCCUCACAUCCCAUAGACAUUACAGUGAUCAAAGGCCAGUUUAAGUGGUGAUAGUGUGUGUGAGUGUGUGUAUAUUUGUCCAUGUCUCACAGAGGGUGUGUGAUGGAUAGAGGGGGAGGCCUGUGUCAAACACCUCACAUUGCUUAGAUGAACUACCAGCUAAAAUAAGCCUGUUUCAGCUAAAGGGAAAUGGGUUUCAGUUCUGCUCCCCGGACAGGCACACACAAAUACGCAUGCACACACGCACACACUCUCUCACACACAUGCACACACACACACAAAUGCACACACACACACUCUCUCUCACUCACACACACACACACUGAUGCAUACACGCAGGCACACAUACAAACUCACACACACACACACACACACACACACUGAUGCAUGCACAUAGGCGUACACACAUACACAAGUGAGAGGGAUUUUGCAGUGCAGUACAGUAUGUUUCUCUGUCACAGUUGUCAUGAAGUCUUGUCAUGAAAUGUAUAGCUGGCCCUGUUUUUUAGACUUAGCCAAAGUUGAAUUCACACACACACGCAGGCAUGCACGCAAGACAGACAGACACACACACACACACACACACACACACACACACACACGUCUGUGUAAUCUUCUGGCCCUGUGAAUAGCAGAACAACAGGCUUUAAGCUGUAACGCUGAGUCAGUUAAGGUCUUUAUUACUCUCUCUCUCCCCCUUCCCCCCCUCUCAGUAAGCGUCUUUGUUACUGUACUAGGGGUAUCUUUAGACACCCAGCGCAUGGACAGUUGCUGGGCAGGUUUUAUGUGCACUUAGGUGGCCCCAUAAAAUGUACAUGUAUGGAAUACACAAGUGGUGUAAAGUACUUAAGUAUAAAUACUUUAAAGUACUACUUAAAUCGUUUUUUGGGGUAUCUGUAAUUUACUUUACUAUUUAUAGUUUUGACUACUUUUACUUUUACUUCACUACAUUCCUAAAGAAAAGAAUGUACUUUUUCCUCCAUACAUUUUCCCUGUCACCCAAAAGUACUCGUUACAUUUCGAAUGCUUAGCAGGACAGGAAAAUGGUCCAAUUGACGCAAUUAUCAAGAAAACAUCCCUGGUUAUCCCUACUGCCUCUGAUCUGAUGGACUCACUAAACACAAAUUCUUUGUUUGUGAAUGAUGUCUGAGUGUUGGAGUGUGUCCCUCGCUAUCUGUAAAUUUAAAUAACAAGGAAUUUGUGCAGUCUGGUUUGCUCAAUAUAAAGUAUGUGACAUUAUUUAUACUUUUACUAUUGAUACUUAAGUAUAUAUUAGCAAUUACAUGGACUCUUGAUACUUAAAUAUAUUUAAAACCAAAUACUCAAGUAGUAUUUUACUAGGUGACUUUCACUUUUACUUGAGUCAUUUUCUAUUAAGGUAUCUUUACUUUUACUCAAUAUGACGAUUGGGUACUUUUCCCACCACUGGAAUACACAAAUUAAAGGUAUCCAUUUUGACUUUCACUGAUACUGUGAUGCUUAUCUCUGUCUCUGUUUUUAUGUCUCUGUUUCUCCAUCCUUUCAUCUCUCUCUUUGGCUCCUUUACACUUCACCUCUUCUAUAUCUCUACACCAGGGGUGUCAAACGUACGGCCCGCGGGCCGGAUAAGGCCCGCAAACGGGUUUAAUCCGGCCCGCGAGAUGAUUUAGAUUUUUUUUUUUUUUUUUUUUCUAAAGUAUAAAAAUGCGCAGCAAUUUUUCAAUAAAAUAAACUGCUGUUCCAAUUGCGUCCACUGGAUGGCGCAAUAGCAAUUGUGUUAAGCAAGCAAACUGUUUAUACCGGGGCAGAGCAAGUAGGUCAAGCACGUGCAGCCAAUGAGCUACUUUGUUUUGCCCGCGAUAUUUAUUACGGCUUCUACUUUUAACAUUAUGUGCUUUGGCACCCUCAUUGCCCCAAUAUGUCUCUGUCAAAAAAGAGAAAAGUGGACGCAGAGUGCAGAGUGUUCCAAGAAAAAUGGUCAUCCUAUUUAUUCACGGAAUUGAAUGGGAAAGCUGUAUGUUUGGUGUGUUCAGAGCAUGUUGCAGUGCUGAAAGAAUAUAACCUUCGUCGCCACUAUGUGAGUCUUCAUGCCGACAAAUAUGACAACUUUCAAGGACAGCGGAGAUGAGAGAAGGUGAAUGAAACUGUUGGCGGGUCUGAAGAAACAGCAGUCUGUGUUUACUCACAGCCGAGACAUCAGUGACGCUGCAGUGAAAGCUAGCUACCUCAUUGCUAAUGAAAUCGCAGUGGCUUCAAAACCAUUUAGUGAGGGUGAAUUUGUAAAAACAUGCAUGAUGAAGGCAGCGGAGAUUGUGUGCCCUGAAAAGCGGAAGGCUUUUGCAAAUAUCAGCCUGACAAGAAACACAGUUGCAGACAGGAUUUCCGAUCUUUCAGUGGAUUUGGACAGCCAGUUGAAGCAAAAAGUAAAGUCAUUUAUUGCGUUUUCGGUUGCAAUUGAUGAAAGCACGGACAUUACAGAUGUUGCACAACUGGCCAUUUUCAUCCGCGGAGUUGAUGACACAUUGACCGUCACCGAGGAGUUCGUGGAGUUGGUGCCGAUGACAGAUACAACGACAGCAGCUGAUAUUUUUACCGCACUCGUCGGCGCGCUGGACAGGGUCGGAGUGGACUGGUCCCACGCUGUCAGCCUGGCUACAGAUGGUGCGCCCUCAAUGAUCGGGAAAAAAGCAGGCGUUGUGACAAAGUUCAGAGAGAAAGUGCAAUCUGCAAAUGGAGGACGUGAUUUUUUGACUUUUCACUGUAUUUUGCACCAGGAGGCUUUGUGUUGCAAGUCAUUAAAGAUGGAUAACGUCAUGAAGGUGGUCAUCCAAACUGUUAAUUUCAUCCGAUCCAGAAGCCUGAAUCACCGUCAGUUUGACAGCCUUCUCAGAGAGAAAGACCACAUCUAUGGCCUGCCAUACCACACUGAGGUAAGAUGGUUAAGCCGAGGUGCUGUGCUGAGGCGUUUCUUUGAUUUACGAGAAGAAAUUGAACAGUUCAUGGAAGAAAAGGGCAAACCAGUGUUAGAAUUUCAUUCCGCAUAAUGGAUGCAGGACCUUGCAUUUAUGGUGGAUGUUACAGAGCACCUGAAUAACUUGAACAAACAGCUGCAAGGUCGCAACAAAGUUGUCAUGCAGUAUUAUGACAGCAUACGUUCUUUCAAGUUGAAGCUGUCAUUGUGGGAGAGGCAACUUGCUGGUGGUGAUGCAGCUCACUUCCCCUGUCUGAAAAAUGUGUGCGCGACCCAACAUGUGGCAGACAUGAAGCGGUUCAAAGAUAAAAUAACGGGACUGUUACGGGAGUUUGAGCAACGCUUUCAGAUUUAUGUUUAUAUGUUUUUAUGUUGAUGUGCUAUUGUUUUUAAUUGAUUUUAUUUUAUUUGUAUAUUUAACCUAUUCUUGACUCUGUGGUUCUUGCACUUGUUUGGGGAACAGGAUUUCAUUAUUUUUAUCUACAUUUCUGCCUGAGAAAUGACACCCUGAUAUAGUUCUGUGAUCUGUGAUAUACUUCUGUGAAUCACUGAGGCAUUGUGUGUUUGUGUGUUCUUUGUCCUCAGAACUUUCAAAUAACUUGAGGUGUUUUAUGAUUAAUAGUGAUGUUGUGCUUUUGGACACUGUCCUCAGGCUCCAGCUUUAUGUUUAUAUGUUUUUAUGUUGAUGUGCUAUUGUUUUUAAUUGAUUUUAUUUUAUUUGUAUAUUUAACCUAUUCUUGACUCUGUGGUUCUUGCACUUGUUUGGGGAACAGGAUUUCACUAUUUUUAUCUACAUUUCUGCCUGAGAAAUGACACCCUGAUAUAGUUCUGUGAUCUGUGAAACAGUUCUGUUAAUCACUGAGGCAUUGUGUGUUUGUGUGUUCUUUUUCUUUAGAAUUUUCAAAUAAACUUGACGUGUUUUAUGAUUAAUAGUGAUGUUGUGCUUGUACUAUUUUGGACACACUGUCCUCAGGCUCCAGCUUUAUGUUGUAUGUUGAUCGUAUUAAAACAAAGAAAACAAUCUGAAGUUGUUGUUUUUAAGUUAUAUAUACCAUGAUUUUUCCGGUCCGGCCCACUUGGGAAUAGAUUUUCCUCCAUGUGGCCCCUGAGCUAAAAUGAGUUUGACACCCCUGCUCUACACCCUACUCUCCCUCUCGCUUCCUCCUGUCUCUGUCUGUCUCUCUGUCUCUCUCUCUGUCUGUCUCUCCCUCUGUCUGUCUGUCUCUCCCUCGCCCUCUCGCUUCUUCCUGUCUCUGUCUCUCUCUCUCUGUCUCUCUCUCUGUCUCUCCCUCUGUUUGUCUGUCUGUCUCUCACUCGCUCUCUCUCUCUCUCUCUCAGGUGGCUCAGUUGUUAUUGAGCAGUAACAUGGUGGUAGCUCUGUUGGAGGGGGAGGUGCUAGAUGGUCUAGACUCCACCUCCUCCAACACGCCCCUUCACCUGGCCGCUCGCAAUGGACACAAAGACAUCAUCAGGUGAGAGGAGUGACUGUCCCUGACCGUGUGUGUGUUGACAUUGCGUAAGUGGGCUCUCCACCCUCGAACCCCAUAACCUCCAGGGUCUCUGACACGCUGUUAAUGAUUCCCAUCCUCCUUAAAUCACCACAUUCCCAGGAUAAGCCUUCCCUCUAUCCCUCUUACACAUUCUGCUGCUGCGGAAUGUGGCUGCCACAUACUAGAGUAGGAGGAUAUUAAUCAAAGAACAACCCUGGAAUCCCAGGCCAACCCAAGGAAGUCCUACUGGCCAAAAACUGGUUGAAUCAACGUUGUUUCCAUGUAAUUUCAACCCAUAAAUUUAAUUUGAUGACGUUAAAUCAACUUGGAAAACAGAUUGGAUUUGCAAAAAGUAAUCAACUUAAGGGACUUUCGCCUUUAUUUCUACCAUCCUAAAUCCAAUGACAAGGUGGCAUUUUUGGUUGAUUUCACAUUGAAUUCAUGUUAGUUGACAACUCAGCCAAACCUAAAUCAAAACUAGACGUUGAACUGACAUCUGUGCCCAGUGGGGUGUCUCUUUUCCACUAUUGACUUGAGCUUGUUCUAAAGGUGCAUGUUGGUAAAAACCUGUCACUGUAUUCCAUUUAGGCUCUGGUCAAAAGUAGUGCACUAUAUAGGGAAUAGGGUGCCAUUUGGGGAUGCACGGCUUUUGCACCUUCUCUACUACAUUUGUGAGACUUUGGUUCCUCAUACAGAUUCCACCCACUUUAAGCUGUAUGGUUGCUUAUUGUUGUGAAUGGAGGGAUGGGGGGAUGGAAGGUCUUAUAAAAGAGUCAGUUUGCAGUCUGUUUUCAGCCUCCCUUUCACUUCAGCCCAAUGUGAUUAUUAUACUGUACCUCUUAAAAAGAUGCUGAGUAACCAGCUCUCCUCCUCUUUAGUCCCCCUCUCAUCAUUCCUCCUCUUCUUCUCCUCUUCCUCCUCUCUUUUUCCCACUCCUUCCUCCUCCUCACCUCCUCUCUUCCUUCUCCUCCUCCUCUAUCCUCCCUCUUAUUUUUCCACCUGCUCCUCUACCCCUCUCCUCCUCUACCCCUCCUCUCCUCCUCUACCCUCCUCUCCUCCUCUACCCUCCUCUCCUCCUCUCCUCCCUACCCUCCUCUCCUCCACUAACCCUCCUCUCCUCCACAAACCUAACCCUCCUCUACCCCCUCUCCUCCUCAACCCCUCCUCCUCCUCUCCCCCCUCCCCCCAAACCAUCUCCCCUCACCCUCCUCUCCCCCUACCUCCCCCCUCCCCUAAACCCUCCUCUCCUCCUCUACCCUCCUCCCCCCCUCCCUCCUCUCCCACAAACCUAAUCUCCCCUCUACCCUCCUCUACCCUCUACCCUCCUCUCCCCUCACCCUCCUCUCCUCCCUACCCCCCCUCCCCCCUACCCUCCUCUCCUCCCUACCCUAACCUCCUCCUCCCACCCUCCUCUCCUCCCACCCCCCCCCACCUCCAAAAACCCUCCUCUCCUCCUCUACCCCCCCCCCCCUCCUCCACUAACCUAUCUCCUCCUCUACCCCCAUUUUCUCCUCUACCCCCUCUCCUCCUCUACCCCCCUCUCCCCCCCCCUACCCUCCUCCCCCUCCUCUACCCCCUUCCUCCUCAAAAACCCUCCUCUCCUCCACUAACCUAAUCCCUCCCCUCUACACCCUCCUCUCCUCCUCAAACCCUCCCCCCCUCCUCCUCUACCAUCCUCCCUCCCCCUUUCCCCCCUCCCUCCUCUACCCCCCUCUCCUCCUCUACCCUCCCUCCUCCUCUAACCCCUCCUCUCCUCCCUAACCCUAAUCUCCUCCUCUACCCCCUCUCCUCCUCUACCCCUCCUCUCCCCUCUCCCCCUCGCAUGGGCCCCCCCUCCUCUCCCUAACCCCCUCCUCCUCUACCCUCCCCCUCCUCCUCUACCCUCCCCUCCCUCCUCUAACCCCCCCCUCCCACAACCUACCCCUCCUCACCCUCUCAUCCCCUCCUCACCCUCCCUCCCCUCCCACCCCCCCUCCCCCUCUACCCUCCUCUCCCCUCACCCCCCUCUCCUCCCUACCCCCCCUCCCCUCCCUCAAACCCUCCUCUCCUCCCUAACCUAUCUCCUCCUCACCUACCCUCCUCCUCCUCACCCUCCUCUCCUCCCUAAACCUCCUCUCCUCCCCCUACCCUCCUCCUCCUCCUCUACCCCCCCCUCCUCCUCAAAACCCUCCCUCCCCCCCAAAAACCCCCCUACCCCCCUCCUCCUCUACCCUCCUCUCCUCCCAAACCCCCUCUCCCCCUCCCCUCCCUCCUCCUCUACCACCCUCCUCCUGCUACCCCCCCCUCCCCCUCCUCUACCUCCUCCCCCCCCUCCUCCCUACCUCCUCCCCCUCCUCUACACCCUCUCCCUCCUCUACCCCCCCCUCUCCUCCCUAACCCUAUCUCCCUCCUCUACCCUCCUCUCCUCCCCUACCCCCCCCUCCUCCCUCCCCCAAACCUCCUCCCCUCCUCAAAACCCUCCCCCUCCCCUCUCCUCCUCUACCCCCCUCUCCUCACAACCCUAUCUCCUCCCCAACCCUCCUCCCCCUCCUUACCCUCCCUCCUCCCCCUACCCUCCUCCCUCCUCUACCCCCUCUCCCCCCCUCCCUCCCUCCCCCCCCUCCUCCCUAACCCUCUCUCCUCCUCCUCUACACCUCUCAUCCUCUCUACACCUCUCCUACUCCUACUCCUCCUACCCUCCUCUCUCCUCUACCUCUCCUCCUCUCCUCCCUCUCCUCCUCCUCUCUCUCCCUCACCCUCUCUCUCUCCUCCUCUACCUUCCUCUCCUCCUCUAACUUCCUCUCCUCCUCUACCUUCCUCUCCUCCUCUCUCUCUACCCUCCUCUCCCCUCUCCCUCCUCUCCUCCACUCCUACCUCCUCUCACUCCUCUAUCCUCCUCAAACUAACCCUAUCUCUCUCACUCUCCUACCCUCCCUCCUUCCUAAACCUCCUCUCCUCCUCUCCCCUCCUCUCCUCCUCUACCCUCCUCUCCUCCUCUACCCUCCUCUCCUCUUUUUUUCUCCUCUACCCUCUCCUUCCUUCCCUUAUUUUCCUGGUGUUGUGGGAGUCUGUGGAUCAUCUCUUUGACGUUCCCUCCCCAUGCCAGGCAUUCCCAGAGGAACGCCAGAUUCCCAGGCUGUGUCCCAAAUUCUCCACAUAGUGCAGAGCAAUGGGCCUGGUCAAACGCGACCCCAGAUUUCCUCCACCACAUCCACAACUGUCUGAAUCUGAUACCUUAAGCAUUCCUACAGCUGGGCUCCUGUGUCUGUCUGUCUGUGUGUGUGUUGUUAGUGUGUAAAACCUCCUGUCUGUGUGUAUUUCGUUCUCAGGUUGCUACUGAAGGCUGGUAUAGACAUCAACAGAGCCACUAAGGCUGGGACCUCUCUGCACGAGGCUGCCCUCUAUGGCAAGACGGAAGUGGUGCGCCUGCUGCUGGACGUAAGACUUAACACUACCAUCUAAAUCUCUUUACUGGGUGUGUCCCAAAUGGCACACUACUUCCUAUUUAGUGCACUACUUUCGACAGGCUCUGGACAAAAUUAGUGCACUACUGUAUAUAGGGAAUAGGGUGCCAUUUGGACGCAUGCACUGAGGUAUCUACUGAAGAAGCAUAAGACUGGAUGCUGUUUCUGUCUUAUCCAAACAUGACACGGACAAAGGAGUUCAGGAUAUAUGUGAGCUAUUCUGUAGACGUCGCUGGAGUUAGCGUACACAGAAACAGACUGGCUAAGGAUUGAUAGUCACACUCACAAGAGAAGUGCUGCAAAGAGUAGGUUGCUUUUAAAAAAGAUGUUGAGAGUUGUUGUUCUUCAAUAAGGGAUGGGGGUGACGCAUAGCUCCUGGUUGGAGCAGGGAGUAGCUGCAUCCCAGUAUGGUGACCGGAGUAUGGGUGAGUGGGUGUGUCGAAAGGAAAGUAGAGGGCGUGUGGAAUGGAGUGGGUGUGUCGAAAGGAAAAGAGUGGGUGUGUGGAAAGGAGUGGGUGUGUCGAAAGCGCUCUGCUAUAGAUUAGACGGUUUUGAUUGAGCUGUGGUUUUUUCCCCUUCCAUUUCUUACCGUGCAACUACCGUACAUUGAGCUACCAUACCGCGAGAGUUAGGAUUUCUGUUUUUAAGCCAGUGGAUGAGUCAGUCGUAUUUCACUGUUAGUUUUACACAAAUAAUUGUGCAUGAUUGUUUAUUUUAGAUUUAAGUAUUGAUGAUGGGUGUAGGGUUGAUUCAUGCGUUGUAUGCGUGUGCUUACCGUUGCCGGACAGUAGUGCUUGUCAAGCUGGAGCGAAGGUCACUGUGUUCCGGUGUUGUUGCCAUUCAUGCCCUCCUCAUUGAGUAGUAGACUGUAUGUAUGUAUCAAGGUGACAUCUAGAUGAUUAUCAAUAUUAGUUAUUUAUUGUGUAGGCUGCUUUCCUACUUGAAAUAAAAUAAUGUGAGAGAAAAAAAUUGCCACGUUAGCUACCUCCGGCGACACGACCAUGAUACCCAGUAGGAAGGCAGGCACAACACCGCCGCAUCGGUCCCCGGCUUAAUAUCGACUCGUAGUGCAGCCCAAUCAGCCACGCAAAACGGUCUUUAGUGGCAACAAAUCUGCCCAUUUAGCUGAUUCGCUUUCGACACACCCACUCCUUUCGACACACCCACUCACCCAUACUCUGGUCGCCAUAUUGGGCUGCAGCUACCCAGACUUUUUAGGGAGUGUGUGUGUGUUGGAGACUAACGAUCUGUGUGUGUGUGUGUGUGUGUGUGUGUAAUGCCCAUGCAGGCUGGUAUUAAUGUAAACCUGCGUAACACCUACAACCAGACAGCUCUGGACAACGUUAACCAGUUCACCACCUCAUCAGCCAGCAAGGACAUCAAGAUACUAUUACGAGGUGAGAUAGAUAGGCCUCCUCUCCUACAUAUUACUCUCUUUGAUUUCUGGACCUACCGCUCCACUGUAUAUUUCCCCAGGGUGUUGUAUUGUUUCCAAUGCAUUCUCCAGUUCACACUUUUAGACGUUAUCCCCCCAGGGGUGUUGCUUUGUUCUGAUUUGGUCUAUAAUAUCUAAUUCCCCCCUCUCUCUCUCUCUCUCUCUCUCUCUCUCUCUAGAAGCAUUAGGGUCUCUCCAGGUGAGAGCGGUGAAGGACUACUGGAACCUUCAUGACCCUACAGCCCUCAACCUCCGAGCAGGAGACCUCAUUAUGGUACACUUGCGUGCGUGUGUGCGUACGUAUGUGCGUGUUCGUGCCUAAAAGUAAACAAUCACAGUUGUUUCUGUCCUGGAGGCAGAGCUGCUCUCAUAACAAGAUUGAAUGAGGAGAACUACUGUCUUGAGGUAGCUGCAUUGUGAGGGGGAAUUCUGUGUACUUGUGAGUUUGUUUCUAGAGGUUUGAGGUUAUGGUGUGAGGUAUUUUAAAGUGCUGACGGUAAUUUGGUGUACCCUACUGUUAGCGUGUAAGUCGGUACAUUGUGUAAGUUUUGUUUGUGGAGUGAGGUGUGGCGUUUUGGGGUAAUUUGGUGUACUCUUAAGUUGUCAACUGUUUGUAAUUAUGGUGUUAGGUAUGCUGCUGUGUUGGCGGUAUGUCUAGGGUUAAUUGACUAUACUGUGUAAAAAGUUAGAGUAGAGUUGGAGGUUGUUCUAAGGUACCUAGCAGGUAAAGACAAGCUCCAGUCAUUAGUUAGUGCAUUCCAUUGCUUGAGACAUCACCAUUUGCAAGCCGUGUGUGUGUGUCAUACCUUAAUUUCCUUACACAGUGCUUGAACUUUGUUGUUGUGUACUGUGCUAGCUACACUGUCUGAACUCUCUAAUAUUUGUUUUUGGCCCCUCCGGGCAUUUGUUAAGACUCGCUCAGAAAGUGGGUGUGUAUGUGUUUGUGUGUGUGCUCGCUCAGAAAGUGUGUGUGUGUUAGCUCUUCCAUUGUAGUGUUCAGUGUUCCCUGGGGCAUGUCUUCCAUAGAUCCUCUCAGCUGGCCUGACACACACAGUGGGCAGUGGGGAUGCUGUGCACUGUACCCGAGCCUGUGCCAACCUGUCUGCCCUAGCCCUCUAACCCUGCACAUACCCUGCCCACAUUGGAAUGUUAAUAAGCCCAUUUCCGUUACUCAUAGAGAUAGAUGAGGCGUAGAAUACUAGCUAUUAUGCAUGUGUUGAGUUUUAUGUGUACAGCACAAGCAGGGUCGUAUUCACUCACCAAACAGAAGAAAACGGACUGAAACGGGGAGGGACUACCUGAACUUGUCAAUAAGAAACUCUUUAAAAAAUAAAUAAUUAGGGGGUAGAUCAGCUUUAAUAUUGCAGAUAGAUUGUAACUUCCAUCAAUGUAAUUGUCUGCAUCAUUUCCAAUCCCCCAUAUAUUUUUUUCGCUAAUAAACUCAGCAAAAAAAGAAAUGUCCUCUCACUGUCAACUGCGUUUCUUUUCAGCAAACUUAACAUGUGUAAAUAAUUGUAUGAACAUAACAAGAUUCAACAACUGAGACAUAAACUGAACAAGUUCCACAGACAUGUGACUAACAGAAAUGGAAUAAUGUGUCCCUGAACAAAGGGGAGUCAAAAUCAAAAGUAACAGUCAGUAUCUGGUGUGGCCACCAGCUGCAUUAAGUACUGCAGUGCAUCUCCUCCUCAUGGACUGCACCAGGCCUCGGUGUAACGCUCAUUCCUUCGACGAUAAACGCGAAUCUGACCAUCACCCCUGGUGAAACAAAACCGCGACUUGUCAGUGAAGAGCACUUUUUGCCAGUCCUGUGUGGUCCAGCGACGGUGGGUUUGUGCCCAUAGGCGACGUUGUUGCGGUGAUGUCUGGUGAGGACCUGCCUUACAACAGGCCUACAAGCCCUCAGUCCAGCCUCGCAGCCUAUUGCGGACAGUCUGAGCACUGAUGGAGGGAUUGUGCGUUCCUGGUGUAACUCGGGCAGUUGUUGUUGCCAUCUUGUACCUGUCCCGCAGGUGUGAUGUUCGGAUGUACCGAUCCUGUGCAGGUGUUGUUACACGUGGUCUGCCACUGUGAGGACGAUCAGCUGUCCGUCCUGUCUCCCUGUAGCGCUGUCUUAGGCGUCUCACAGUACGGACAUUGCAAUUUAUUGACUGACAUCUGCAGUCCUCAUGCCUCCUUGCAGCAUGCCUAAGGCACGUUCACGCAGAUUAGCAGGGACCCUGGGCAUCUUUCUUUUGGUGUUUUUCAGAGUCAGUAGAAAGGCCUCUUUAGUGUCAUACGUUUUCAUAACUGUGACAUUAAUUGCCUACCGUCUGUAAGCUGUUAGUGUCUUAACGACCGUUCCACAAGUGCAUGUUCAUUGAUUCUUUAUGGUUCAUUGAACAAGCAUGGGAAACAGUGUUUAACCCCUUUACAAUGAAGAUCUGUGAAGUUAUUUGGAUUUUUACGAAUUAUCUUUCAAAGACAGGGUCCUGAAAAAGGGACUUUUCUUUUUUUGCUGAGUUUAUAUAUAGAUAUAUACACAUACAUACAUACAUACAUACAUACACAUAUCAAUAAGAAACUCUUGUUAUCGUUGCAAAACAGUUUGCUACGGUGUGCACUAAUGGCUACGACCUAGACUUCAAUGUAACAGCUCUCACAUCAGGUGGCGCAACCAUUCUGUGGGUAGAAGUUGACUGAUAACCACUUAUAAUCAACACACAUUCACUCAAAUAGCACAACUAUAAUGAUGAACGGUUGAUUUCAGGUGUUGGAGCAGCACAUGGACGGGAGGUGGAAAGGUUAUAUCCAUGACAACCAGAGAGGAAUGGACCGGAUUGGAUACUUCCCUCCGUCUGUAGUGGAGGUCAUAAGCAGGAGAGCAGGUACACACACACACACACACACAUAAAUCACACAUGCCGAAGCGUACACCCAGACAUACAUGUGCACACAGACACACUCACAUGCCCGCAUGCAGCCACAAACACAUACCUUCACAUUUAGCUUGGUUCAACAAUAGAAUACCACACCAACUAUGCAGCUGUAAAUACCCAGUGGUAUUCCAAACAGCAGCCCUAACUGAGCUAGAGGUCCUGAAACAAACUCAACACACACACACACACGGAGGCAGACAGUACAUACACACACGGAGGCACACAGUACAUACACACACAGAGGCACACAGUACAUACACACACACGGAGGCAGACACACAAACGCAGUUUAAUCAGAUUAGCAGGGCCAGAUUGGGAAGUGUCAGCGCAGUUCUAAAACCCUGAGACUGCGUAAGGAGUGUGUAUGUGUGUGUGCACAAGUUUGUGUGUGUGAAGGGAAAUCCCAGUUGAAAGCUCAGUUGAGUCGUUGACAGGUCCUUGCUAUUAGAGCAAACUUAUCAGAGGCAAACUCAGCAAUGUGUGUGUUCGUCUUUGAGUGUGUGUGUGUGUGUGUGUACUGCGUGAUAGUGUCAACAGUGUGUCAGUAUCCCACUGCUGUCGUGGACACACACAGAGCCUAGAAAGCCUCCCUCAGCAGUAGUGCUGAUAUGAAAGCUCUCUCUAUGGCUCUAUGGGAAUGAAAGCUCCUGCCGAACCACUCUGCUACUACCAUUUUGUCACAUUAAUUCACUAGCUAUUACAUAAGGAGCUUGGAGAUUCAUACAUAUAUUUAGCUGCCUUCACGGUUUUAUGAAUCUGUAAGGAUAGAAUGCAGGAUCCAUCUCCUAGGUGGGACCUCAGCCUUCUAAAAGGCUAUACUGUGUGUACUAGUUGCAAACACACCUUCUCCAUCCUUUAAUUAAGCCAGUGGUAUUCAAAGUCGGGGUACCCCUACUGGUAUCCAAACUAGUGGUACCCUUAGUGGGGUCACGGGGGAAUUGCUGUGCCGUGGACAAAAUUAUUGUAUGAGGCAAUAUACAAAUGUUUUUGAAAAAUAUCAUUUGAAAAAUAAAUAUUUAUUGAGUAAAUGUAUUUACUGUUUUAUUUUCAUGUUGAUAAGAGAGAUGAAAAUGUAAUGACUUGAAAGUUAUUUGUUUAUGUAUAAAUGUGCCGAUUUUAAGGUUGUCAUUAGAUUUGGGGUGUGUGAAAUGGGGUCCCCACUGAAACAAUUUGAAUACCACUGCUUUAAGCUCUGUGUUUGUGUUCUGCUUCUGGUCUGCAGGGGGUACUCUCUCACGUCAGGUCUCGUUGCCAAGCCAAAGGCAGCAGCACUUCCUGUCCAGAGCUCCUCCCACCAGUCUUGGCUCCACCCCCCAGACAGACGACUCCUACACCCUGUACUACGACCACCCAGGUACACACAUUAGCAUGCAUGCAUCCCCCCCUCCCUCCCUCACACACACACACAAACACGUUAAUUCCAUCAACAAUAACUAUGACCAAAAAAAUAAUAAUCCUGACUAAAACUAUGAUGAUAAUGAAAAGAGAAAUCCUGGAAAAACCACAAACUUUUACAAAUUACUUUUCAUUUUAGUCGGCGAAAAUGUGACGAGACGAUAAUUACACAAUACUUUUUACAUAAAGCUCCUUUUCAUCGGUUUUGCCCAAUCAUUUAAUGCAAUCCUCUCAUUGGCAGAAUUGACAUCUUUCAUUGCACGAUCUGAUUGAGCUGAUCUGCGCGGCUCUCCCACACAGCUCCCAGGCGGUCUCUUCAGUCACUCGUCAAUCUUCUGAACUGAUGCGUAGCCAGGACGCUUAACUUGUAACUAACCUUAACUAGAAACAAUAAUGUUUACUCUCUCUUACUUUCAUGUAGGCUAUUUUUGUUUUGAUCACAUCAGAAGCUCUAUUUUCCCAUGGUGCUAUUAUUCAUUCAGAUGCGGUCUCUCACCGUCCGCAAAUGCAAGUUGUGGUUGCUUUUUUCCUAUGGGAAAAACAAAUGCUAUUUGUUGAAUAUUAGGAGUACAGUAAUACUUCUGGCAUUUCUGGAAAGCUAAAAUCCUCCCCUUUUCAAGGAAACCGCUGUUAUUUACCCCCUUGACAGUUAUGAUGGGGAAAACAUCUGAGCUGUACAUUGUUUAACCUGUAGCCAAGGCUUUAUAGACUAUGUGGUUAAUUAUGGCUGGCAUUGGUUACAAUCUGCCACAAUAUCAAUGUUGCCAGUUAAGGUAUAGGAUGGGAUAGUAGUCCUAGCUGGACAAAGCUAUCUGAAUGUGCACAUGAUGGAAGUUAAAGGUAGCCUAAAUAUUCAUUAUUUAAUAGUUUAAAAAAAUCACUGACUAUUAAAUGACUAAAAUGGCUAUGACUAAGGGAGUGGAAGGUAUUAUGUGCAUGUUGGAAGUUAAGUUAGAGGUUUGUGUGAACUAUUUAAUAAAACAAAGAAAAACUACAAUGCCUAAAGUAGGACUAAAGUUGUCCAGAGUUUUAGUCGACUGAUAAUAACUAAAACUAAGAAGGAUGAAAUGGGACUAAGACUAAAAUGUAUUUUAAUCAUAAAUACUAAAACUAAAUCUAAAAUAGGUGAGAGUUAUUUACAGAUAUUCUCGACCUCUACUACUUCUCUCCAUCCACUAAAUCAAUUUUGUGGAAACAAAGUGGCCUAUCGUUUCCAUUGGGGCCCUGACAACCCCCCAAUACCCAGACCCCUACUCCAUACCCGCCUUAGUCCUGCUGAGUCACCCUGGCCUGGAGUCCUCUGGCCCUGCUCUCCCCCAUGGCCCCCACUCCCCAGCACACCUCCACCAAACCUGGCUUACACCGUGUGUUUUUGUUAGGUACCUGUACACCUGGCAGUCUCCUUUCAGCCCCAGCUAGUCCAGCUAGCCACAGUGAGGACAUAUGGGUCCUCAGGAACUCUCACACUGGUAAGAGUGUGUGUACCCAGCUACCCAGACUACCCUGUGCCCCUCUGUUUACCCACUCCCCUAGAUGUACCACCCUACCACCCUCUUAAAGUCCAAAUUACUGCCUCCAUCCCCACCUAGAGACCCAUGCUGCUGACCUGUUCCCCUCCAAGUGUCCUGUCCAAGUUUCCAUUCCCAGCUAAUUCCCUGAUCUUGACCCAAUCUUGUACUGUACACUUCUCCACUGAUCCUCUCUUUCUGUCUUCCUUUCUCUCCCUCCCUGACGAGGGGUGACCGAGCCCAUGGAAGCAAACUUUGCCACAAUGUUAUACUCUCUCCCUCCCUCCCUCUAGCAGGAGACAGGAACAGUGUUGGCAGUGCAGGCAGCAGUGCAGGUAGUGUGGGCAGCAGUCGUAGUGCUGGCAGCGGGCAGAGCUCCGAGAACGGCUUCGGACAGAACGGGACACACACUCGCCAAACUGCCGCCGCAGUGGAGCCCUACACAGUCAAGGUUAGCACAGUGACUUGGCAAUUAUUUUAGAAAUGUUAUAGCUAGCACUAGCUGAAGUAAAGAUUACACUUGGUAGCAGGAAAAAAAAGAGAAAGUAUAUCCACCUUUUCUACAGUCAUAUGGAUCACAAAUAGCUGAACAACGUCUUCCUCUUUUUGUGUGUAGCUGGCUUCCUCUGCUGGUGAAUCAGGAGAACAGCAGAUUCGCUCAGUAGGACCAGUCCACAGCAAACAACCUGAUGGACCUAUGGGUUAGUUACACUACUGUACACCAGGGUUGGGGUCAAUUCCAUUAAAAUUCCAGUCAAUUCAGGAAGUACACUGAAAUUCAAAUUCUCUUGAAUACUUUUCAAUUAGCAUUUUGUUUACUUUCUGAAUUGAAAUGGAAUUGACCACAACCCUACUUUACACUGCUUACCAUUCCGCUCUACCCUUCUCUCCUCCCUUCCCUUCUCCCCUUCCUCUCUUUUCGUAUUUAUACUCGGCAUUUGCCCAUGCCAACCCCAGAGACAUUUUGUCUGUAAUUUUCGGUAGAUACAGUAUAUUCUGUAUGUGCCUUUUUGUCUGUUAAACUAGCUGUAUUCAGUCUACGAGGUCAGACUAUCCACCGAUCCUUCUAGCCCAGGCCAGGCCUACAGUACCUAGUUACAGCCACAGGGCAGAGGGGAAAUGAGAAAGAAAUACAGCUACUUACCUCACUACAUCAACAAUUCAUAAACCAGCUUUCUACACAGCCAAUAAACACAGCAACUUACCUCUCCACAAACCAAUAUAGACAACAGAUCUCCUCACUAUAAACCAAUAAAAUACAUGAGAUUUCAGCUCACCUCACUGCAAAACAUAAAAGACAGAGGGUCAGUCCUAAAUGGCACCCUAGUCCCUUUAUAGGGCACUACUUUUGACCAUUGCCCAUAGGGCUCUGUUCAAAAGUUGUGCACUAUAUAGGGAAUAGGUUGCCAUUUGGGAUACAUACAGAAGCUCAGCUCUCUACAGAAGCAAUAAAAGGGGACAGAGUGAGUCAUUGAUCUCUCACCUGUGGGUAUGGGACAGGACAAGAGGGAAAAGAGAUACAGGUAUUCUGUCAGCUUAGGGUGUUCUGCUGAGUAUGGCAUGAACAAACCGCUAUCAGCUGCUCAGGACCUGGGAGGGAGGAGGAAGGAAGGAGGGAUGGGGAGAGAGACCACAACAGAAAGACUUCAACAGGACAGAGAGAGGGAGUGGGUAAGAGAGAAAGGGGAGGAGACAGACAGAGAAACAGACAGUGAGAGAGAAUAACAGAAAACAUAGUUUGAGUGUGUGUGAGAGAGAGUCAGAGUAGAGAGACAUUGGAGAUGGGUUGAAAGUGAAGAAAGAGAAUAACAGAAGGACACAGUAGAUAAGAGAGAGAGGGGUGUUUAUGACUCAGUUUCACAGAGAGAGAGGGAUGAGGUGCAAAAAGACAGGAGCUCCACCGCUCUCCUUGUUCCAGAGGGGUAAGACUCAGUUCUUCUGGCUAUUCCUUGUUAUUUCUGCAAUCUCUUCAGCUAUGAAUUACUCUGUGAUUAUAGUUUUACUGGAGACGUUUACCAUUGUGUGUUGUUUGACCCAAACAACCUGGAGAAACAGGAGAAGAAAAAAAACUAAAAUGUAGUCUGUCAGAGAGCCGGGGUGAAAAGGUUUAAUCUCUAUUUUCAGGCAAAAUGUAGCAAGUUAGAAGAUAAGGUUAUUUUGGCAUGUUGACGUUUAUUGGGAUGAGUCUUGUCCUGGAGGCAGAACUGAGCGAUAUCCACUAGAUGAGCCAGCUUUAAAGUCAAAAUUGGCCAUAUUGUAAACAUUUAUGAAAACAUAAUUUAAGGUUAGGGUUAGGCUUUAGGGUUAGCAGUGUGGUUAGGGUUAGUUUUAAAAUCAGUUUAUGAUUUUGUGGCUGUGCCAGCUCGUGACAACUCUGCAGAGCUGCCUCCAAAGGAUUCAUGACGAACAACGCUAACCUGCACUAUUGUAGCUAAAUACAUGGGGUACAUACUUGCAAAUAUAAUAAAAUGUUUAAGUUUAAACUUUCUGUCUCAAAAUGAACAUCAGACAAUUAAAAUCGUCGACCUAGUUGCACGUGAUACAACGCUACAUGUUAGCUGUUACCAUUACAUUAUCUGGCUCAUUUAGCCCCAUGCUGUAACAAAUUCCUCACCAGCCUAUCAAAGAUCUUAGACUUUAUAUCCACAACCAAUGGCAUUUCUUAGAAUAGGCCAACAGAGGGAUAUUUUAAAUCUCCAAAUUCAAGGUUUACUUGGUCUAGAAAGUUUAGUCCCAAUAUUGCCUGAUGCAUCCUUGACUAGUAGCGUUAGACAAUUCAAAAGGCAUGUUUUCGCAUAUUUGACAGAAGUCGCACGUUUUUGCUUAUCUGUUUCACACACAUCCAUGUGCUUUUACUGGAAAAACACAAAAGGAGAUCUAUACAACAUUUAAGUAGUUUUUAAAAAAAAUCGAAGAGCCUUAUGGUCUUGUCAAAUAUCUGUCAUGUACCACUACUACCAUCGUUGCUGGGUGGCGUUACUGGCGUAUGCCGCUAAGGUGAUUGACUGUAUCUUCGGGGUACAGUAACAUGCAGACUAGACCCGGCACGCAUGUUGAUUUUGUCCAUCCACACCAGACGUGGGUUCGAGGCCCCUUCACGUCAAGCUUGUUUGUUUAGGAAAAAACUGUUCACUGCUGGUCCUUGACGCUCGAUUAAAAUAAAGCAUAUGUGACUUAGUGGAUGAAUUUAAUAAUGCAUAUAAAACGUUUUAAACGUUUUGAAGUGGUGUUUUUAGUCUAACAAUAACGUUAAACAAUGUUAUUAUAUUCGGUAUGUUCGGCCUUUGUUGAAUACAAAUUAAGCAUUAAGUUCUUGCGAAACAUUGAUUCAGCUUUGAUAUAAACUUCAUUAAAGACCACCAUUCUGAGAAGUGACAGAGUAUCGCUCUGGUGCUCUCCGGCAGUUCUAACGUUACACCCUGUAGCAGUAGCCUAUGUGUCGGUCUGCAAGAGGGACUCCAAGAAGCUCCUCAUUAAAUAUAUAUUUACUAGGUUUUGGCUGCACUUCCCUUCGCAACAAACGAUCAAAAUAAAUGUAAUUCUACAUUUCAAAGGAUACAACUAUAUCUCACCUGGGAUUCAAACUUGACGCUAACGGAAAAAAUAACCAUGCGCCAGGCACGCUGCACUGUGAACUAUUUGUCCAGUAGACAUUUUGUGUGUUUUAAAAAAUUUGCUUAGCAGAUGGUAUCGUUUGACUUCUGCUCAGCACGCGCUCAUGGAACGGUGUUCUAACAUUUGUAAUUGGCUGAUGCCGAAUUUGUUAACGGACGUAAUCACUGCCACCUGCUCAGGUUAGCAUAGCGAUAAAUGUGGCAGGUUAUGUAAUAGGAACAGCUAUGUAGCGUUUUUUCAUGUGCAACUACGUGGACGAUUUUAAUUGGUUGAUGCGCAUUUUGUUCGCAAGUAUGACCCAUAGAGUUUUGUUUACUAAAGUGUGGUUUGUUUGUUUACUUCUUCAGCUGAGCAUGUUUUCUGAUGUUCUGUGGUGAUUAUGUAUUUACUCUGGGUUUUAGUAGUGAAACAGUGCUGUGAUAAUGAGGAUAUAAAAAUUGGAUCAACAGAAAGCCGAUCAGCAGUGUUGUUGUGCCAUUGAGCCCCAUACUGCAAUGCUCUUAACAGUACUGUACUGUAAUAUAUCAUUCCAGUAGCUAACUGUGUAACAAAUGAAUGUAAGUUUACAGCAAAAAUGUUAGUGUGGGUAUGAUCAUGUCCAUGUGUAAGGACUGGCACAGACAGGGUCCUAUUCAACCAGUUCUGCACUGUAGUCCUUUCAUACAAGCAUCAUGUUCUGUUGUCAGAUGAAAUCACAGAAUGGUAGAUGUGAUACAUGAGGGAUGUGUGCUGUUCAGGCAGCGUUCUUGUAAACAGAUAAAGGUCUGAUACACUCUGUGUGAUCGCUGUGUUCCACUUCACUGCUACACUACUCAGCUUAGGCCUAGCUUCCAGAUACAAUGUAUCCCUAUGGGAUUGAUAUGUUCAUAUGAACUGUGUGUGCUGAAUGUAUGUCCUGUAUUCUAGCUCUCCCUGUUUCCAGCUUUCUCUCACUGUCUCUCUCUCUCUCUCGCUCUGUGUCUCUGUUUUUGUCAGAAUUGGGAGUAGAAGCAUGAGUGUGUUUUGGAUGUAGGGGUUGAUGGUUGAUGAAGUGUGUACAGACACAAAGACAUGGGCCUCUCUCUCCCUCUAUACCCUCUGGGCCAAAUACCUCUCUCUCAGGUGCUUUCUUCACCUCUGGAGGGGGUAAGGUGGGAUGGGGCCCUGACCUGUUUGGAAUGAGAGAGAGAGAGAGAGAGAGAGAGAGAGAGAGCGAGAGGGAAAGAGAGAGAGAGAGAAAGAGAGAGAGAGAGAGAGAGAGAGAGAGAGAGAGAGGAUGCAUUCUUCAGUGAGCUACAGUAAUCUGUUGACUGACCCUACAGAUCUACAAGAUAAUACACCUUUACCUCAGUCCUUCAUUCAGCUUGCUAUUACAGUAGGCUUAUAGCUAUACACUGAGUAUACAAAACAUAAAGAACACCUGCUUUUUCCAUGACAUAGACUGACCAGGUGAAAGCUAUGAUCCCUUAUUGAUGUCACUUGUUAAAUCCACUUCAAUCAGUGUAGAUGAAGGGGAGGAGAGUUUAAAGAAGGAUUUGUAAGCCUUGAGACAUGGAUUGUGUGUGUGUGUGCCAUUCAGAGGGUGAAUGGGCAAGACAAAAUAUUUAAGUGCCUUUGAACGAGGUAUGGUAGUAGGUGCCAGGCGCACUGGUUUGUGUCAAGAACUGCAACGCUGCUGGAUUUUUCACCCUCAACAGUUUCCCGUGUGUAUCAAGAAUCGUCCACCACCCAAAGGACAUCCAGCCAACUUGACACAACUGUGGGAAGCAUUGGUGUCAACAUGGUCCUGAAUCCCUGUGGAAUGCUUUCGACACAUUGUAGAGUCCAUGCCCGGAGCGGCAGGUAGCUUAGUGGGUAAGAGCGUUGUGCCAGUAACCGAAAGGUCGCUGGUUCUAAUCCCCGAGCCAACUAGGUGAAAAAUCUGUCGAUGUGCUCUUAAGCAAGGCACUUAACCCUAAUUGCUCAUGUAAGUCGCUCUGGAUAAGAGCGUCUGCUAAAAAUGUAAAAAUAAAAUGCCCGGCGAAUUGAGGCUGUUCUGAGGGCAAAAGGGGGUAUAACUCAAUAUUAGGAAGGUGUUCCUAAAGUUUGGUAUACUCAGUGUAUAUGCCAUUUUAGCAGACACUUUAGCGACAAAGUCAUGCAUGCUUACAUUUUUUACGUAUGGGUGGUCCCAGGUAUCAAACCCACUAUCCAGGCAUUGCAAGAGCCAUGCUCUACCAACUGAUCUGUGUCCUCUGUGCAUUAACUUAGGUGAUUUUCGAAUCUCUAUCUUUCCCUAUCUCUGUGUCUCUCUCUCUCUCUCUCCCAGGUGGUCCGCGUCAUCAGGUCAGCGGUGGUACUCGGUCGGAGGAGCAGGGUGGCUUCAUGCGUCCAGAUCAGCUCCUGGAGGGCAGGGUGAGUUGAAUAUGGUGUGUGUGUGUGUAAGUGCGUCUGUCCGUUCGUCCAUGUGUGCGUGUGUGUCACAGGAGGCUGCUGAGGGGAGUGAAUGGAAACCAUGUGUUUAAUGAAUGCGAUUACCAUUCCAUUUAUUCCGUUCCAGCCAUUACUAAGAGCCCGUCCUCCCCAAUUAAGGUGCCACCAACCUCCUGUGGUGUUUGUGUGCAUGUGUGAUAACCUUAUUUUCUCUGUCUAUAGGACUCUGAGGCCAUCUACCAAUGGCUGCGUGAGUUCCAGCUGGAGAGCUACACUGCUAACUUCCUCACAACAGGAUACGAUGUGCCUACUAUCAGUAGAAUGACCCCAGAGGUCAGAUACUGGAUUGUAUUACCCAUUCAUACAUUUAUUGAUUAAUAACACAUUUACCUCAGUUUAUGUUUUAGGUCAACAAAAUGAAUGAGCAUGGAUAAAUGUGUUCUAUAGUCAUUUUUAUAAUCGACAGCCUAGUCACGGGGCUUUCUAACCUGGUGUGUGUCUCUCCAGGACCUGACAGCUAUCGGUGUGACCAAGCCAGGCCACCGUAAGAAGAUCUCCAUGGAGAUAGGCAACCUAAACAUCCCAGAAUGGCUGCCUGACUACAUCCCUGUAAGAGACUCUCACAUGACCUUUGCACUCUGUACACAGUUAUGGCUGAUGACGACAUGCUUUUGAUAGAAAGAGUUGUGCAGUCUAUGUCAUUAAUAAUAAUUAGUUCUUCAUGUUUCAUGUACAGCUUUACAAUCAGCAGUAACUGUGUUUUGUCAUGCAACCAUUUUUCAACAAGCUCACCCUCUGUCUGUCCCUCUGUCUUUCUCUCUCUCUCUCUCUGUCCUUCUCUCUCGCUCUUUCUCUCGCUCUCUGUCCCUCUUUCUCUCUCUGUCCCUCUUUCUCUCACUCACUCACUCACUCACUCACUCACUCACUCACUCAGUUGAAUUCAAUAAAUGCUGUUUCUUUGUUUCCUUCUCUCUCCAUCUCCAUCUCUCUCUCUCCCUCCUUCUCUCUGUCAGUCCGAGUUGUCAGAGUGGUUGAGUGCGAUUGGUCUCCCUCAGUACCAGAAGAAACUGUGUGAGAACGGUUAUGACACCAUCAGCAUUGUCAAGGAUAUCACCUGGGAAGACUUAUCGGAGAUAGGAAUCACCAAGCUGGGUAAGAGAUUUCCACACGCACGGACACACACACUGCAGACGCACAGAUGCACUUACACUAAGCAAGGUCACAUUGCUUAUUGUAAGGGCAUCUGUGCGUCAGCAGUGUGUGUGAGAGCUCUUGGACACAUUCCCCCUUACCAAUAUAACAGCCUUGGUGUCGACAAUCAAUUAUCAACCUUUUUAACCACUUUUUAUCUAUAUAUUUUUUUAAUAGUUAUUUUUCUACAAUUUGUGUUGAAUUUAUUUUCUCUCUCUCCCCUUCUCCCAGGUCAUCAGAAGAAGCUGAUGUUAGCCGUGAAGCGUUUAUGCGACCUGCAUCGUUCUCGUCACCAUACCAAUGGCUCCGGCACGCUACGGCGUAGUAAACCCCUCGCUGCUCUGGAGCUGGUGGCUAUCGAGCCCCCCGCCGACUGCUGCCCCCCAUCCCCCCACACCCCCAGGACACCCCUCCUCUCCUUUCAGGACAGCGAGCUGAGCACAGAGCUACAGAACGCCAUGAUGGGCAGAGCAGGAGGAGGAGGGGUGGGGAUAGGGGGGUUUGGGAUGGGUGUGAGAGGUGUGGUGAGGGGUGUGGUGUCGCCGAUGUCGCUUAGCCAGGAGAGCAUUGGAACGCGCUCCCGCGGAUCCGGGAAUUCUGGGAAUUUUCCGGGAUAUUCCCAAGAGCUUCACCAACAGACUCUGGCAUCAGCUGGAAUGUACAGUCGCUCGGACGAGUGCUUGGGAGGAGGGGGAGGAGGAUGGGCAAGACAGGGUGGAGGAGGGAGUCCAGGGAGAGACAGACAGAGACCCACAGAGUUGUGGUCAGACCAGCAGCGCCAGCCCCAGCCCCCCACCAAACUAUCCAUCACCCCCCUCACCCCUCCUCUCACCCCCAGCAAGAUGCCCCGCUUCGCCUACCCAGCUGUGCCUGUGCCCAGUAAACCCAAACCCUGCCAGUCCCCUGCCCACCUCCACACCCCCUCUCCCCAGGCUUCCCCCACACAGAGGACCUUCAGCUACCUCCACACCCAGGGAGGAGGUACCGAUCUGGGCCAGCGUGGUCUACCCAAGCCCCAUGCUGGAGCUGUCCCCCUCCCAGGACUAGGCCUCAACACAGAGGCCUUUAAGGGCCCUAAGAAACGCACCCAGAGUCUGACCCGCUACGCCCUGUCAGAUGGAGAAACUGAAGACGACGAGUCAUCGCCGCAGGAAUCAGUUCCCCCGGUGACCAUGCCCUCGUACGCCACACUAGGACGCAAACCAGGCCGCGGUCAAUCCUCCGCCGUCCAACGCCACAUCAGCCGGAGCCACACAUUCACUGUGCGCUCUCGCCACAAAGGCCCGCCCCCACCGCCACCUAAAAGGAUGAGCUCGGUGAGUGGCAGCCAGGCCAACGAAUCAGGAGGAGCGGCAGUAGUGUCAGUGCAAGUGGAGGUGGCAGGGGUGGAGACUGAGAGUGCAGGCAGUGUGAGGAGCAUCGCAGCCAGGCUACAGGGGUCCGGGCCCAGGGGCAGCCCUUCUAAGGAGGUAGAGUUACCCACCCCAUGCACCCCCACCCUCGCCUCCCACAAACCUGUACCCGCUCUGGGGCUGGGAGGCCUGAGGAGGAUGGGGAGCGAGCGGAGGGAUAGAGAUGGAGGGAUAGAGAGAAUCCCAGAAGAGGAGGAGGAGAGAGAGAGGAAGAGUGGUUCAGUAUUGGAAAGCUCUACGUCGCUUCAGAGGAGCUCCAGUGAGAACCUCCCCUUCGCGGAGGAGGGCAACCUUACCAUCAAACAGCGGCCCAGGUUGGGAGCAGGGUGCCGGGCAGAGACUGAAAUCCAGCCCCAGGCUUCUCUAGAAGACCCAAAGAUGCAGACCCCAAAGUCCCUGGAGGUCCCUGAGUUCAACCUUAAAGAGUCGGACACUGUCAAACGGCGACGUCAGCCCAAAGACCGGGACACACACACACUGGACGAGAUCUUCACCCCCAGCGAAGACGACACACACAAACAGCCGCACACACACGGCCGGUCCAACGGCUUCCACACACACACAAAGAGAGACACACAGAGUGAGGAGGAAGCAGGUGUGAGGUCAGAGAGCAGUUUACAGAGAGUAGGAUCGACAGGGAAAGGCCAGAAACCACCUCCGUCCUCUAAACCAACCAGCCCUCCCCUCAAACCAGCUGGUCAACAGAUACACACAACUACAUCUAAACCAGGCAGUCAACAGAAGACAGCAAAAACGUCCAAAUCAGGCAGCGCACACAACCAAAUAACCAUCGCUAUACCAGCCAAUCAACAAAUAAACACAACUACAUCGAGACCAGCCAGUCAACAGACACAGGCAACUAUCAAUAUACCAGCCAGCCCACAAAAUACACACACAACCACCUCUAUACCAAUCAAUCCACAGAAACCAGUAACAGCAACCAAACCAGCCAGUCCGCAGAAAACAAUAACAUCCAAGCCAGUAAAUCACCAGACGCCUGCUACUGUCUCUACACUUCCCCAGCUCAGCACAUCCAUAACGUCAGCCGCUACAGCCCGUUCCCCUGGUGUGACUCUCAAUGUGGUCCAGAGUGUGGUUUUCGCUUCCCCAGCCCAGGCAGCCCCCGUUCCAUCCUACCGCACCUCAGGGCCUGCAAGCCAGGCAGGACGAGCAGGAAAGGCCCAGGCUGGUGAGGCCUGCUCGGAGGUGCUGGUUCAGAGGAGGCUGGAUGAGACCAGCACGUCACUCGAGGAAGCGCUGAAAGAUGUAGAGAGGAAGCUGGCUCAGGAUGACACUGAUGGGUAAGACACACACAAAUGCGGCAGACACACACACUCACACACACACACACACACACUCACUGUGUUAACACUCUCCUCUCUCUAUUCCAGUGGCAGCAGCACAGUGAAAGCAGCAGGGAAUAUUCUGGAUGACAUCGGCAACAUGUUUGAUGACCUCGCUGACCAGCUGGAUGCCAUGUUGGAU